AUGAUUCUGAGUCUACUUCUUCUUUUUUUAAGCGCACAGUAUGGAAUCGAGUGCGCAAAAUUCAUAAAACAAAAUCGUAUUGUGGGCGGAGCAGCGGCAAAUAUCGAAGAUUUUCCAUGGCAAGUUGCCAUUUACACUUCCAACAAAUAUUAUUGCGGAGGAAGCAUAUACAGUGCCACAGUUAUUAUAACUGCAGCCCAUUGCAUAGAGACUAUGUAUUUGGAUACGCUUACUGUGCGAGCAGGAUCUUCCUAUGUCGACUAUGGUGGCGUCACCAGGAGAGUGGCUAAUGGCAUAUAUCAUAGAGGAUUCGGCGAACAUAAUAAAUACGACAUUGCACUGUUGCGCCUGGAGUCCAGGUUGCCCCUUGGCAAAGGCAUACAGACGAUACGCUUGACCAAAUACACACCCGCGGCAGGUACCCGAGUUACUGUUUCCGGUUGGGGCUUAACACAUAACAAAGGAUCGGCCGCGAAAAGACUAUUGUCGGUGACGAUGAGCAUAAUAGAUCGGAGUGUUUGUGCCAGCAGCAGGUAUGGCUAUGGCUCAAAUAUACAAGAUACAAUGAUGUGUGCAGUGGAGCCCAAUAAAGAUGCAUGUCGUGGUGAUUCUGGUGGACCACUGGUGGCCAACAAUGAGCUUGUCGGUGUCGUAUCCUGGGGCUUUGACUGCGCUCAUCCUAGAUAUCCCGGUGUAUUUGCUGAUGUGGCGAAGCUUAGGGAUUGGAUCAAGAUGACAAGUAAAGUUGUUUAA